GAAAGCGGCUCGCAGCGGAGGCAAGUCAGUUGACGCGGCACUGGGAGCUGGAGGCACAAAAGGAGGAGGAGGGGUCAAAGAUACAGCCAGACGUUUGUCAGAAGUUUGUAGAUGGCUCCCAGCAGCUCUUAACUGAGAAGAAAAUGGCUAAAGGACUUUCAUCCAAAUAUUACAAUUGCUGCUGCAGGUGCUGCAGGUAUGAUCAAAGGUGAGCGUUCAGUCAUGGUUGGACAGAUCUUCUUCUCUCCAGCAAACUCCUGCGGUGCGCCAGCAUCAUGAUAAACCUGCUCCUUCCACAGACUCUGCUGAAGCUGCCGUGCAUCUAUCGCCAUGGUGAGAGAGAGCUCCUGGACUUUGACUCUGUUGCCAUGGUAACUCUGUAGCACGAAACCUAUAACUCCAGUCUGUUGCCCUGGUUGUCACAUAAAACGACCCAGGUAACUAUUUCAGUCUACGGCCAUGGCGAUGCUGUGGAGACGCCCUGCAAAAUCCUAAGUCAGUUGCUAUGGUAAUUCUUUAAGCAAGCAACAGUCAGUAUGGGAACGUCCAGAAUGUUCCGCAUUUUUGUAGUCCUGGGCUCGGCCUUUAUGAUUCUUCUGAUCAUCAUCUACUGGGAUGAUGUCGGGGCCUCCCAUCUCUAUUUGCACACUCCUGUAUCGCCGGGCCCCAAAAUCCUACAUCCUCCUCCCCAGCAGAAGCCUCAAACCUCUCGAACCCCGUCCUUCCUGUCAGAUAUCGAUGCCUUCGUUAACCAGUUCUUAGAGCCGGGAACCGGCGAGCCCACCGACCCUGCUCUGACAGACACAAGCAACCAGUCAGAGAAAGCAGAAGAACGGUAUAUACCGCGGAGGGAGUGGAAGAUUCAUCUGACUCCAGUGGCAGCUGAACUCCGUGAGAGACAGGAGCAGCGGAGGAAGUUACUUCAGGAGAUGUGUGCCAAUGACAGCGUGGUGUUUCCCGGCAAAAACCGCUCAUUUGACGACAUUCCUAACAAGGAGCUGGAUCACCUUAUUGUGGAUGACAGACAUGGUAUUAUCUACUGCUACGUUCCAAAGGUGGCGUGCAGCAACUGGAAGCGCAUCAUGAUAGUCCUCAGUGAGAGCUUGCUGCAGGACGGCGUUCCCCAGAGGGACCCGCUGGCUAUUCACAGGGACCUGGUCCACAACAGCAGCAUGCACUUUACCUUCAAUAAGUUCUGGAAACGUUAUGGCAAAUUUGCAAGGCACCUUAUGAAGGUGAAGUUGAAGAAGUACACCAAGUUCCUCUUCGUGCGGGACCCCUUCGUGCGUCUCAUCUCUGCCUACCGGAAUAAAUUUGAGCUGCAAAAUGAAGACUUUUACCGCCGCUUUGCACAGGUCAUGCUGCGUCGCUAUGCCAACCAGCCCACACCUCCUGCCUCGGUGGACGAGGCGUUUGCUGUGGGUAUCCAUCCCUCUUUCUCCCACUUCAUCCAGUACCUCCUGGACCCUCAGACAGAGAAAGACAUGCCCUUUAACGAGCACUGGCGACAAGUGUACCGACUCUGUCAUCCAUGCCAAAUUCAGUAUGACUUCGUGGGCCACUUGGAGACGGCGGAGGAGGACGCCGAGCACCUACUGCGCCAGCUGAGGGUGGACAACGUGGUGGAGUUCCCCACCUCCCACAGGAACCUCACAGCGAGCAGCUGGGAGUCCGAUUGGUUCAGCACAGUACCUGUCGAGGCACGUCGAGAACUGUACAAGCUGUAUGAACCUGACUUCAGGCUGUUUGGCUACGACAGACCAGACUCACUCCUCAAUGAGUGAUUAAUGUUUCACAGAGCUGCACAGACACACAGAUCAAACUUUUUUAUAUGGAUUGAAAUAAUGUUACACCCCAACAACAGUGACAGAUUUUGUUCUGGGUUUCAUUUAUGCUACGCUGAAUGUACACAUUAUUAAGGGCACUCAAUCAAGGAAGCACAAUAAUUAGAGGGAGAAGCUAAUUGUCAUUCCAAGGGGUACAAUGAAGUUCCGUUUGGCAAUAUCUCUUGUAGAACAGAAUUUCACUGUGCUCCUUAGGCAAAGCCAUGACCUGUUGUUGUUUUUCUUUGUGAAAUCACAAAGAUAACAAGAAAGAAUGGGACAGUUAAAAUACGGACCGUGCAAAUAAGUGUUCCUAAAAUGUUGUACAUUCAGUGUGGUCCUUAACUACAAACUCUAUGCUGAGUGUUUUCUACUCCCAUUUUUGAUGUCACACCAUGCCUGCCAUUUGUGGCCACAGUUGUGUUGUGAUUGACUGUGAUGAUCGUAGGCUUUUGGUGGCACGGCGUUGGAAAGAAACCGUACCACAGGGCCGUGUGAUGUUAGUGAAGGCACCGGAAGCAUUUCAGCUGAAUGAUGGUUUAGGAAGUUUGGGCAUUUAGAUAAAACGGUGUUUUACUAGAUUAGAUGUAAAUGUAGUAGGUAAUUUAUUUCCCAUUGUGUAAGUGCAAUGUUUACGUUGAGCAUGAAAGGGAUUUUUAUGUUAAAAGUACACAUUAAUGACAGCUGUCGGCAGUACAAAUACAUACACCUCGAACAGUUCUUUUAUACCUCAUACACAGGCAUGAACAUUAUAUUCAUUUUGCAUUAACAUACUCUAAACAGCAAACACGACUGCUUUUUCAGACCGGGCACAUUUAGUAUGAAAUAUAAAUUAAGUUAUAUUAACGGAAUUAUUUCACAUUACACUACGUUUUAGCUGCUUCCUUUGCGUUUCAAAGCAUGGUGCACCUGCCACAAUGUAGCCUCGUCAUAUCGAAGCACAGCAGCUCCAGGAGGCAGCACGUCAGGACGAUCAGCCGGGUUUGCCUCAACUUGUCUUUGAAGCAUAAACCUGGAGUUUUAGCGUUCUCUUUGAUUUCGCCAUAUGCGCACAGGUGGGCCUCGGUGUGUUUAAGUGAGCAGUCUUCUAAAGGGAACAUUUUUCUUUUAUUUGCUUUCGUAACCAUCAGCGUUUCAUCAUCUUUUUAAACUGCACUGAACUACUUUGGGUUACCCUGGAGACUGCAACAGUGCUGUGUUUUAUUUUUAUUUUUUUCUGUAAAUAUGAUGAUGAACAUUUUUUACUCUUUAAGGGCAGCAUUUUCAGGAGAUGCAUUGUUUUUGUAGCAAGCAGCUGAGCACAUUACGUGAGACAAACAGUGGCUUUUAGUGUGUACAAUGCCACUGCACUACUGCGAAGAUGCAUCACGUUGGUUUGACGUUGGCAUAUUAAGUACAACUAUAAAGCUGUUGGUGGUCGGUAGUAAUUUAAAGGUCUGAUCAUGGUUAGAGUCGGGUUUGUUCACACCAUGAGCUGUUGAAUUCGGUUAUUUUUUUCAAUGAGAGGGAAGAGAAGACAGUGCCUUUGGUUGCAAAAGUUUACACAGCAAAAAGUAUUUUUGUAGAUGGGUUUAAUUUUUACAGUAAGAGCUGUAUGAAGCCACAGCAUGGUAUAUUUAAUAUACUGGGCCUUCUUGUGUGGCUGUUAAAUAAGAAACAACUAAGCCCUUUAGCAGAAUUGUAACUUUCUAUCUGGGAAUUUGUAUGAUUUCUCCUUCAGUCUACUUGUGUUUAGUGAACUACACCGUAUAUAUAUUUCACCACUCGUUUCUUUAUUGGAAUGAAUUUCGGGUCCACAUCUGUUGUUUUAGAUAUGUUGUUUUAAUACCAGUGACUUGACUUGACUUUACUUGACACAGGAUUUUUGUGCAGUUCAGACUCUAUGUGAUGUCACGUUAUUUUGCAAGUUACUAGGAUGUACACACACUAUUAGUUUGGUGUUGUCUUGAUGCCUUUCGUUUGUUUUUAACCGUGGCCCAUUGUGCCGGUGUAAAAGGGUAAAACUGCAUUUUUUUUUUCUCCCCAAAAGUCAUCACAUCUGCACAUGCUGUUUACAACAAAAGUGAAUACAUUCCUGUGCAAUAUCGCUUAAAUGUCAGCUAAUACAGAAUUGCGUCACCUUUCGAUAAUUGCGUUAUUUUUACGCUGAUGAGUUUCUGUAUGAACAGUCAAAGACAAAUACUUUAAGAAGACUGCUUUUAAAGUACAGGCCCCAAAGUAGAAAGUUAAUAAAAGUGAAUAUAUCAGUGAUCACUGGCGCACAAGGUAGAAAUCCUGUGGUUACUGAAACUAAAUUGAGCAUACCUCUAAUUUUGGAAAUAUUAUAACUUUCUCAGUUUUGGACUUCUGUGCUGUGUCUGUGCAUUAUGACUCCACAUGGAAAAGAACUGCUAGAAUAUUUUGAUUAUUAAACUUCACAAAAGAGUAAAGAAAGAGGAAAAGGGUACAAGUAAAAAUCAGUCAAAACACACCUCCAGCAGAAAUCAGAAAGUACAGAACGAGCCGUAGUAUCACUGUUCAGAGCCACCGUGGUGAAAUGACACCACAGACAAUGUGGUACUUACACAACCAAGCCUGAAAGGCAGAUAGGCAAGUAUUGCAGAUCAGGUAAAGGGGAUAUCAAUGGAAUUUUUAGUUUCUGUGACUGAAUAGUGUCCAAGACAAAACCCUUGUUUGCUCUUUGGCGCAAAACUGCAAGAUGGAACUUUGCUGAAGAAAAUGGAAAAAAGAUUGCUGAUUAUUAGACACCCAUUCUUGAGCCAAAUGAGGCCAAGAUCAAUUUGUUUGGCUCACAUGGGGUCCAGCAUGUUUGGCAUGAAUCUAAACAGGACUACCACAGUGAAUGCAUAAUCCCAACAGUGAAACAGGGAGGCGUGAGUGCAAAAGGUGUAAAAAUAGAGAUUUGAAUAUAUGAAAUGAAAGCUGUGCUGUCUGGUAUUGAGUUCCUACUGAGCGGCCUGUAUUUUUAUUAAAGUAAGUUGAAACUUAUUUUUUUAAAUUUUACAUCAGAGCAAAUUCUCCACUGUACAAAUGAGAAUUUGUGCAGUUACCAAGAGGUGAUAAAAUUUCUAAUCAUUUUUAUUCAUUGAGCAUUGCCAGUGUUGAAGGGUAAAACUGCAUUUUCCCUCCAAAGUCAUAUUCACAUCAGCACAUAGGUGGGAAAAUAUGCACACAAAGGGAAGCAGAAAGGGAACACUCGUUUCCCUGCACUCUCACCUCACCAGUGUUUGGAUUGUAAGUCAAUCAUAUUUUAAUGUAUUUUUUUCUUUUCAUGUUCUUUGGUUGUAUUUUUUGUGUUUCUCCAGAUUCACCAUGCAGCAUUUAUGUUCUUGAGCUCUUUUUUGUGUCCAAGUGCGAACAGCCCAACUGUAAGAUGAAUUCAUUUUGCAAGGCAAAAAGAAAAUGUUUAUUUAAUGGCAAAAUAAAAGCCGUGACUGACUUUUGCUUUUCCAAAAUGGAAA